AUGGCACUUGCAUUUUUGUGGAAAAAGCAACAUCUUUGGCCCUUUUCGGUGCUCGAAUCUGAUGACCUGAGAGUCUCUUAUGAGUUAGUCCAAAAGCUCCCGAUACCUGAAGACACAAAGAAAUUUGUUUACGCAGUUCGUGAGCCCGAAACUCAGUCAGUAAUUUAUGUACUUUGUGUUCAAGAUUUCUCAGAAAGGUCAGCAUGGGAUGCUGAACUUCUGAUUAGGGAGAUUAAACCUGAUGCUGUGAUUGUCAAGGAGGAUGUUUCGAACCUGAAAGACUUGCAAGUGCAAGAGAGAAUGUUGAGUGUUGAAAAUCCUGUUCCAGUUUCGAGUUUUGAAGUUAUCAAACGAUGUUUUAAGGAAGAGUUGAGAGCCGAAACGUAUAAGCGCCUUGCGCAAACUUCUGUUUUACAGGAAAUCUUUGGGGUUGGCUCUAGUGGACAGUGGUCUGUAGCCAAGAGGGCAGCUCAACAUGUUGGCUCAUCACUAAUGCUGCUUGGAACUCCAUUGACUCUGUCCCAUUGGAGUGCUACAUCAGGUGAUUCAGAUGGUAAACGUAAUGGAAUGAGCAGGUUUCAAGACUUGGCUAGUAGUUUGGUUCCGCAAAAAGUGCAAUGUGGAUGGAGUUGUCUUUCUGAUGUGGAAUCAAAUUUACCAGAAGUUAAUCAGCCAGCACAAUGCAGUUUUGAGGUCCCCCAAUUUGUGCAAUCGAUUGAUCCAUUUUUUGUAGCAAUUCAUGAUAAACUUGUGCAUGGUUUUCCAUCUCUGGGGACUGCUCUGGAUCAUGUAAGGAAGAUAUAUGAUUGUGUCAACAGAGGUGAAGCUGUAGAUGCUCUAGUGGUUUCAGAAGUGUACCCUUUUCGGAGAGUGGUGGAGCUGUUGCGAUGUAUUCAUAAUGAUGAAGGUCGACUCCCAAUCAAUAGAAUGAAAACCAUCCUAAGUAGGAUUGAGUUUUCUGAGCUUGCAUUAGAGGACAAGAAACAUGCUCUCUCUGCACAAGCUCUUCGAAGCUUGACUAAAAGAUUCAAGACCAUAGUAGCAGUUGUGGAUGCGAAGGACUUGCAAGGUCUUAGAAAAUACUGGUACACUCCAAUUCCUCCAGAAUACAAGGAUCUAGCUGCACAGAUUGUUACAAGAUAUGAAGGUGAGGCAGCUAUGCCAGUUCUACAAGGGUCCUCAUUCUUGGAACUUGUUCAAGCUUCCAUUAUCAUGAAUAUCAAAGGAAAACUGAGAAUUCCUACGCCUUCUGAUUUUGUGAUACGGGCUGCAGAGAACACCAGCUGGUGGGCAAUGAGAACAGCAUUCUAUGAAAUGAUGAGAGAUGGGAAAGUGCAUCCCCUUCCUUUGAGCAGGUUGGUGGUUAGUAUGUCGAUUCGUAUGAAGUUGUUUUGGCAUAAAGUUGGGAUCAAAUGUGCUGCUGAUUCGCUUCCUGCAGCUCCAUCAGUUGCUCGUCUGGGUCGCGGUAUCAAAAGUUUAAGCCAUGCAGCUCAGGUUGUCAAGUAUACCCAUGAAAGUUUAGGAUACCGUCCUCCUAGGUAG